AUGGCACAACCCUCAACCUCUCUAUCUCCUCCAACCUUCAAUGGGGAGCAAUAUCACAUUUGGGCUAUCAAAAUGAAAACGUUCUUGAGAGGACAAGGAUUAUGGCAGUAUGUUGAAGAGGAUAGACAACCACCUGUACUAGGGUCAAACCCCACCUUGAACCAGAUUAGAUUACACGAUGAAGAAGCCACCAAAUCACCAAGAGCCUUGUCCCAUAUCCAUGCAGUAGUGACUGAGCAAGUGUUCACUAGAAUCAUGGCAUAUGAGUCAGCCAAGGAAGCAUGGGAUAAACUCAAAGAAGAGUUUGGUGGUAGUGAUACAACAAAGGGUAUGCAGGUGCUAAACUUGAGGAGGGAGAUUGAGAUGCUGAAAAUGCAGGAGUCUGAAACCGUAAAAGAGUAUGUGGAUAGGUUGAUGAAUGUGGUAAACAAAAUCAGAUUAAUGGGAGAGGAGAUGACAGAUAAAAGGAUAGUUGAAAAGGUUCUUGUUAGCCUACCCGAAAGGUUUGAAUCUAAGAUAUCCUCACUUGAGGAUUCUGAGGAUUUGACACAAAUCACCCUCACUGAUUUGGUGUAUGCCCUGCAAGCUCAAGAACAAAAGAGAUUGUUGAGGCAAGAGCACUCUAGUGAGGGUGCAAUGGUGGCUGAAUUCAAAGGCAAACUAGGCCAGGGUGGAAGCAAGAGACCUGCGGGAGAAAAGAAAGGAAAGGAAAGAAUGGGAAACCAGUGGAACAAACCGACUAGAGGGAAAGAAUUUCCACCAUGUGCUCACUGCAAGGAGAAGGGGCAUAGUGAAAAGAGUGGGUGCACAAAUCAUAUGAUAGCAAACCUGGAAGACUUUGUGAAUUUGGACAAGUCUUACCAUUCCAAGGUUAAGGUUGGAAAUGGGGAAUUUGUGGCUGUGAAAGGGAGAGGAGAUAUUGCCGUGCAAACAAAAUCAGUUAUCAAACUCAUUCCCAAUGUCUUGUAUGUGCCUAGUUUAAGUCAUAACCUUUUGAGUGUUAGACAAAUGAUGGAGAGGAAGUAUGCCCUGCACUUCCAGGAUCAGUUUUGCACAAUCCUGGACAGUGAAAGGAAUGAAUUGAUGAAGGUUAGGAUGAUGGGAAAAAGCUUUCCCAUUAGGCUGAACAAACCAUAA